AUGUAUAGCCAUCCCAACUUGUCGACUUCUUCUGCCGGUUCUCACUCUAAGCGAUUGUCUUCAAACAAUCCUUUCAGGUCGGCUCUUCUUCAAGAAGAAUCAAGAGUGGUCAGCGAUGACUCAAAUUACAGACGCUGGCUGGAGAAGCAUGCCGAGGAAGCUGUGGAUUCAGACAACGAAAAUCAUCCUCCAAGAAAGAAUUACGCGAAGACAAAAUCGCAUCCUGCGAACUCAGAGUCAUCAAUGUAA